AGCAGCAUUCGUCCAGAAGACUAGCGCCGUACUGCUGUUCACACCGCAGUUCCGAUUUCAUUAACUCCGAGAUCUGCAUAUAUAGGUGUCUUAAAGUACAUAUUCUUCUUCCUAAAUUCUUAAACAGCUCGUUAAAAGAUGUUGGCGUGCACCGAAAUGAUCACGAUGUGUCUCCAGUCGGCGAAGCGCGAGCAUCUCCGCUCCAAACAGCAGCAGCAGCAUCAGAUUCAGGAUGCGGUUCAUGGACUGUCCAUCUUUCACGAUAUUUUCCGUCGAGCUGACAAAAACGAUGACGGGAAGCUGUCCUUCGAGGAGUUCAAAGCGUAUUUUGCAGAUGGGAUACUGACAACCGACGAGCUGCGGGAGCUGUUCUACUCCAUCGAUGGACGGCAGACAAAUAACCUCGAUACAGACAAACUAUCAGAUUACUUUUCCCAGCAUCUUGGAGAAUACCUAGAUGUUCUGUCAGCGUUAGAGAAACUCAAUGUCGCCGUCCUAAAGGCAAUGGACAAGACGAAGGAGGAGUACCAGGGUUCCUCGGUUCUGGGGCAGUUUGUGACCCGUUUCAUGUUGAGGGAGACGUCCAGUCAGCUGCUGUCGCUCCAGAUGUCUCUGCAGUGUGCAAUGGAGGCCGUGGAAGCGCAGAGCAGCACCACUCCGGUUGAAGUUAAGGUCCCGGAGCAUCUGAUCAUACAGAAGAACAACAGAAGAUGUGGCCGUCGAGUGCAGAAGAACAUGUGUCUGUCCCCGACUGAUCCGUACUCUGGCAUUCUCACUACAGGUGUUACCGUAGAUACAGAUGAGCACUGGUGCUCUCAGAUCAACAGACUGCAGCAACUCAUCGAUAAACUGGAGUGUCAGAGUCCAAAGUUGGAGCCGCUGAAAGAAGAUACACUGGCCAGCACGUACAAGUCGAACAUUCUGCUGGUGCAGAGACAGAUGAGCGUGACAGAGAAUGAUCUCGAGGAGUUCCAGAAGGCUCUGAAGACCUACGCCGACACCACCGCCAAUCAGAACGACAACCUCCAUGUUUCCAUCCAGAAGCUUCCUGAGAAGAGCUGCUACAUCAUCUAUGAGUUCUGGCAGGACCGUAUUUCCUGGAUGAGUUAUUUGCAGUCUGACGCCAGUAAGAUGUUCCAGCGCUGCAUUAUAGACAUGCUGGAGGAUCCAGAGAUCGUCUCCACGAUGCUCAUGCCAGCUUCCUGGUGGAUCAUGACAAACAACUAACAGCAGCAACAAAACACCCUUCACCGCCCACCGCUGAACCCCGAUCUGAAAAAUCACCCCGUUGUGUCUUUGAAUUAAUAACUAGACCUAAAAAAAAAAAACCAGCUGAAUCAUCUGUAUGCGUGACACACACCGUUUUUGUGUUGCAUUUUAUAGAUAGCGUCUGAUAGUUCACUGAAAACAAAACACGGUACACAGGGUUGUGCAUCAUUCAGAACUGAAUUCAGAUGCUUUUACAUUCCAGUUCAAUUUCUGAAUUUGAAUUGAAUUUGCAAACAGGCAGCAGAAAUGUUUAAAUUCAGAGGAUAUUUAAAGAAAUUCAUAUAGAUGCGGUAGAAGUAUUUUAAAUCAUUUAUUGAAUUAUUUUAUUAUAUUUAAUUCUUGAGUCAUUUAAAUUUUGAAUUAAGAGAAAAUUUUAAGAAAUUCAUAUAAAUGUUGUAAAAGUAUUCUAAAUCAUUUAUUUCAAUUAUGUUUAAUUUUUGAGUUAUUUACAUUUUUAAUUCAGAGAAAAUGUAAAGAGAUUCAUAUAAAUGUUGUAAAAGUGUUUUAAAUAAUUUAUUUAAUUAUUGAGUCAUUUAAUUGUAUUUUGAUUCUUAAUUCAUUUGAUAGGCUAUAGUGGGUGAACACUUAAUUUCACAGAAUUUAUGAUAUAUCAGUUGAUUCAUUAUUUGAUGCUAAUGUUUAUUUUUUAUUAUUUUUAAAAUAUUUAAGAAAUAUUUUGAAUCUGUCUGAUGGACAGUUUUGUGAUAAAUCUUUUAAUUGUUUUGAAAAUUUGAACUCAAUUUAGCUAAAAAUGUCUGAUCAGUUGAGGAAAAAAUGUAAAUAGACAUAAUUAGCCAAAAGUAAUGUUGUAAAUAUUUAUGUUUUAGAGCUUUAUGUUAUUUCCAGCUUUAAUUCAAUUCCUCUGUAUUCAAUUUCUUGGGAGUUGCAAUUCAGUAGAUUCUCAAUUCAGCAUCUGAUUCAGUUAAGAUUCACGCUCACGAAGGGAAAGGGUCUGAAUCUUCAGCUCUAAAUCGUGCUCAACUCGACGCUAACAGGCAUGGGUGUAAUAUUCCUCGCAUGUACAGAUAAUCAAAGCGUAUUUUGCUCCAUUCCGUGACGAAGCUUUUGAAGCCAGUAGCUUUGAUGCAGAAACAGCGAAUCUCAGAGCAAAACAACAUGAAGAAAAACAAGAAUUCAUGUGUUCUUGUAAAUAAUUAAGAUAACAUUAGCAAAAUGAUCUGCUACUUGAGUCUAACACCUUUAAAGUCACUUGUACUGGAUCAUGAAGCUGCAUGCCGAUUAGGAGAUGUUUUAGAGUGUCGAUUGAUUUGCAACGAACAUGUUGAUCACAGAUUAUUUCUCAAGAGAAGUCGAGUGUGAAUAGAAUAGACAUUUAAUGAAGAUGUACAGCUGUGUCAUUUCUCUGUAAACCUUCCUGAAGGUGUUUAGAGGACUAGUUCACCCAAACGAAUCAUUCUGGCAUCAUUUACUCACACUCGUGUCGUUUCAAACCUGUACACAAAACAUGUUUAGCUACUCUUGAUUUUUUUUUUUUUUUUAAAUAUAUUAUUAAAAUACUAAUGCAAAAAAUAUAUUUGCUAAAAUAUGUUUCAAAAUAUAUUUAAGUAAAUAUAUUUUCUGACAAUAUAUUCUUUGGUAAUUAAUUCCAUAUUUUUGAAAAUAUAUUUUAAAAAUAUAAAUACAUAUUUUUAAAAGCCCUCCGUUCAUUAUAAUCCAAGAAAAUACCUUCACAUAUGACACAUUUGAAGAAAAAAUAUAUUUGUUGUCUAUAACGUGUGAACAUGUGAACACAUAACACAUUUGAAUAAAAAUAAAUAAUGAAUAAAGGCUAAAUGUAGAUUGGAAAUGUAUUUUCUUGCGCCUGAAAUGCAUUUAGAAAUAUUCACUGUUUAAAACAUAUUUAGCAUAUAUAUAUAUAUAUAUAUAUAUAUAUAUAUAAUUUUUCUGUAUGGAACAACAUUUGGGUGAGUAAAUGCUGAUUUUGGGAUGAUCUAUUCCUUUAGUUCACUGUAUAGACGCUAUGAAAUCCUGGUUUGACAUGGAAACCUGCUAGUUGUUGUACUAUUCAUGCAUCUUAACCGAAAAACAGAAACUUGACCUUUUUGCUUUAGGAUUUUUUUUUUUUUUUUCAAUUUUGUGGUUUAGUCCAUUGAAUGAAAAUAAAAGUGGAACAAUUAUUUUGUGUUGAGAUUUGUUCUUCAGCCAUUUUUGAUUUUGCACCUAAUACCUGCUCAACUUCUUACUAUCCUUUGUAUGAUUGUGUUUGUGAAUGAAUAUAAAGCAGCAUGCUAGAAGUCAGAAGUAUUAAAGCUACAUCUUUCCAAGUAAUUAGUAAAGAUCCUUUCUCCCUCUCAUGAUGACACGGUUCAGUGUUUUGUCUUCCUUACGUCUCUGUUCAUGACGUUUCUGAAAUGAUGCAGAAACAUUCAGCAUUCAGACGACAGACAGUAAUUGGUACUUUUAUGUUCUUGUCAACAAGAGUAAUUGGAAAAUCUCACAAACAAACAUCCACUCGAAUAAAUUCUAACAUCUGCUUCCUUAUUUAUGACAGGAAUAUAUUGGUAACACUUUAUAAGAACUAAACAUUAAUAGCAUUAACAAACAGUGUCAUAUUAGAUGAUGCUUAACAGCAAGGAGUAGUUUACACAAAAAUGAAGAUUUGCUGAAAAUGUGCUCAUCCUCAGGCCAUCCGAGAUCUAGAUGAGUUUGUUUCUUCAUCAGGUUUGUAGAAAUGUGUCUCUGCAUCAGUGUCUCAGCAAUGGAUGCUCUGCAGUGAAUGGGUGCCGUCAGAAUGAGAGUCCAAACAGCUGAUAAAAACAUCACAAUAAUCCACACCACUCCAGUUCAUCAGUUAACAUCUGGAGAAGACAAAAAUAUGAGUCCAUAAUCCAUAAUAUUCCUUUCUUGGAUGGCCUGAGUCCUGAGAGAAAAUUCAUUUUCGGCAAAUUUUCAUUUUGGGGUGAACUGUGUCUUUAAAAUAUACUAAAAUGGUCACAUGUUGUUAAACAUUCAGUCAUAUAUUUAUAUGAAAUGUAAUAUAAUGUUCGUUGAUAAAACCAAUUAGAUCAUAUGUAGGCCUGUAUAUAAAAAAGACUACUACUUUUAAUACUUUAGAAGUAUGCAGAGGGUGCAUAAUGUGCAAAAAUUGUAUACGCAAAGAGGAUGUAGGCCUAAUAUGUUCAUCAAAAACCUGUGCUGUUCUCUCUGUCUCCCUCUUCUGCUGGUGUUUGGGACUCAAAACUAAAAAAAAACUAAACAAAAAAAAAAUUUUUGUUACUUGAAAUUCAAUAAAAGUAACUGAAAUCAAAUAAAAUAUGAAUGCAAAGGAAACAUUUCUACAAUUUUCAUUUGGUUGAAUUUGAAGUAUAGCCUACUAAAGUAAUUAAAAAUAAAUGAAAAAUCUAAAUGUGUUGUAGACAUAAAAUGACAAACAAAUGACAAUUUUAAAAUUAAAACGAAAAUGGAAAAUAAAAAAUUUAAAUUUACAAAAUAAAAAAAUAUAUAUUAAGAAAAUAUUGAUUAAAAAGCAACGUGUUUGGGCUCAUUAAUGGUGUUUCGCGUUACCGAGACCUUAAAAACUAUUUGCGAAAG